AUGGCGCUCAAAUUCAUCCGCCAGCUGUAUGCACUCGAUACCCUCGACACUCGCUUCGUAAUACCAGCCACCACACCGCCCAAGGAGGCGCUCGAGGAGGCCAAACUUGACCCAGUGGGCCCAAUUCCUGUAAAAGAAGGAAGAGAUGGCACCAAACGUGCAGAUAGUGACAUCCAUCCUCCGCGAUGGAAUACACUCGAGUUUUAUUUCUACUACGUGGCCAUUUCGGCCAGCGUGUUCAUGAUGUUCAAAUCCGUACUGGACGUGUCUAAAGAAUCGCACCCAAAUUAUCCAAAAUUCGAACAUCUCCUUUCUGAUGGUUGGAUACCUGGGCGGAAAGUGGAUAAUGUUGAUGCUCAGUAUGGCGGCUUCCGUCAGAACAUUCCAUAUCUGUUUAUCGUAGUACUACUGCAUCCAAAUUUGCGCAAAGCAUAUGACUCUUUCUGGCGAGCUGGUACAUACACCCAAGUACGGUCGUCGGCGAGCAAUGGCCUCACCAUGGGUCUAACACCGUCCGCUGCAGCGGAUGCCCGCAUGCUUCAACGCAUAUCAUUUGAUGUAGGUUUUGCCACUAUAUUUCUUGUUGCUUUGCAUGGCUUCUCGGCAUUCAAAAUCCUAGCAAUCCUCUACGCCAAUUACUGCAUCGGAAAGAAGCUCCCUCGGCAGUAUAUACCUGCCGCAACGUGGAUCUUCAACGUAGGCACCUUGUUCGCCAAUGAAUUUGGCCGGGGCUACUCGUAUGCAACUAUACUCGGCACAUUUCUCCCAUCUGCUACCUCAGAAAAGGGCGAGUCAAGAUCUGAUUUCGGCCAUAUGCUUGACAGCUAUGGUGGCCUCAUUCCACGUUGGGAAGUGCUCUUCAACUUCACCAUCCUCCGACUCAUAAGCUUUAACCUCGACUACUACUGGUCACUCAACUCUCGAAAUAAUAGUCCUCUUGAAAAGAAACAACUCGACCCUUCCAACCUCUCCGAGCGUGAUCGAGUAUCCAUCCCUGCUAAACCCGCGGACUACUCAUUCCGCAACUAUUUCGCAUAUGUUACCUAUUCUCCACUCUACCUGGCCGGACCCAUCAUAACAUUCAACGAUUACAUAGCGCAAUGUCGCUACCGGCCUCACAGCAUCACCACCAACCGAACGAGCCUCUACUUGAUCCGUUUCAUCGUUGUCCUUCUUACUAUGGAGAUUAUGAUUCAUUACAUGUACAUGGUCGCCAUUUUUCACGAGAAGCCCGACUGGUCUCAGUACACACCUUGCGAGCUGAGCAUGCUGGGCUUCUUCAACCUCAAACACAUUUGGCUAAAGUUACUCAUCCCAUGGCGCUUCUUCCGUCUGUGGUCACUUAUGGAUGGUAUUGAUCCACCAGAGAAUAUGGUGCGUUGCAUGUCUGACAACUAUUCUGUUAUGCACUUCUGGCGCGGGUGGCACCGCAGCUUCAACAAGUGGAGCUUGAGGUAUCUGUAUAUUCCUCUUGGUGGAAGUAAGGGCGAGGGUAUCCUCGGCAAGGCAAGGGCGGUAGGCAACUACCUAGCCGUGUUUACCUUUAUUGCCAUCUGGCAUGACAUUCAACUCCGACUGCUCAUGUGGGGAUGGCUUGUUACUCUCUUUGUUCUUCCAGAGAUCAUCGCAUCAUACAUCUUCCCAGCGAAGAAGUGGAAGAACAAUCCCGAUGCUUACCGCUGGUUGUGUGGUGUGGGUGCUGUUGGCGAGAUUCUGAUGCUAAUGACAGCUAAUCUCGUUGGCUUUGCACUUGGAAUGGAUGGGCUAAAGGGUCUCGUUAGUGGUAUUGUGGGAACGUGGUCUGGUUGGAUGUUUUUUGGGACAGCUUGCUGUGCGUUGUUUACAGGCGUGCAGUUCAUGUUUGAGUGGCGUGAAAAUGAAAAACGGAAGGGGAUUAAGAUGAAGUGUUAG